CUGGUCCUUCCUUCAAGACCUACUUUUAUGGGCUAGGCGAACGUUUGAUUCGCCCUUUAGGGCCUUGUUCAUGAAGAAAACUUGAUAAUAGCCAUGCUCGAGCGAUAUUGUUUUGUCACUGUGGGUGCAACGGCUGCUUUUGAUGCUCUUGUUCGUGCAGUCCUUGACGCAAGUUUUCUUCAAGCACUUGCAAAACAAGGCUAUACGAAUAUUCUUGUACAGUUUGGAAAAGAUGGUAGACAGCUCUUCACAGACCUCGCUGUAGCCAUCGGGAGAAACGGUAUCUACGGGCUAAAGGUCCAAGGAUUUGAUCUGACAAGGAAACUGCGAGAGGCAAUGCGACUUACGCGUGCGGAACAAGGACGUCGUGAAGGCAUUGUCAUAUGCCAUGCAGGAACUGGCUCUGUCCUUGACGCUAUCCGAAUUGGGGUGCCUGUUAUUGUCGUCCCUAACCCUACUCUGCUUGACAAUCAUCAAGUUGAGUUCGCUGAGCAAAUGGCCAACAUGGAAUACGCAGUUCAUGGGAAAAUCGACACCCUUUUAGAAUCCCUUGAAAAGGCAGAGGAGCUUCGCAAGAAGAUUGCAUCACGUCCGCCAGUAAACUCUGGAGAACGUAGACAAAGCGCAGGUCUUGGAGCUGUUCUGGAUGAAGAGAUGGGUAUAGAGGUUGCUGGUCACAUUGAAUAGGUGUAGUUACCCGUCGAUAUAAUUGCGAGCGACACAUUGCUACUACAUAUGCAAGACUUACAAUUUUAUUGCGAUCUUGAAUAUGGACAUGACGUGUGAUUAAUGGAAUUGGUUCAUCUAUGCUUCGAUAAUUGCCUUAACAUCCAAACAAAGCUCAUGAGGUAAU